CCAAAGAAAUGGUGAUGGAGAAGCCAAGCCCGUUGCUUGUGGGGCGGGAGUUCGUGAGGCAGUAUUAUACCUUACUAAAUAAAGCACCAGAUUAUUUGCACAGGUUCUAUGGCAGGAAUUCUUCUUAUGUCCAUGGUGGGCUGGAUGCCAGUGGCAAACUCCAGGAAGCAGUGUAUGGCCAGUCUGAUAUACAUAAGAAGGUGAUGUCCCUGCAGUUUAAUGAAUGCCGUACUAAGAUUCGUCAUGUGGACGCCCACGCAACCUUGAAUGAUGGAGUAGUUGUGCAGGUCAUGGGGGAGUUAACAAACAAUGGGCAGCCGAUGCGGAAAUUCAUGCAAACCUUUGUACUGGCUCCAGAAGGCUCUGUUCCAAAUAAGUUUUAUGUCCACAAUGACAUAUUCCGUUAUGAAGAUGAAGUAUUUGGUGAAUCUGAAGCUGAACUAGAUGAAGAAUCAGAAGAUGAAGUAGAAGAAGAGCAUGAAGAAAGGCAGCCAUCCCCUGAGCCGGUGCAAGAGAAUGCAGCCAGUGCUUACUAUGAAAGUCACCCUGUAACGAAUGGAAUAGAAGAAACUUUGGAAGAACCUUUUCAUGAGCCAGAGCCAGAAUUAGAAUCUGAAUCAAAAACUGAAGAACUGAAAUCUGAAGUAGAAGAAAAAAAUAUUGAAGAGCUAGAAGAAACAUCACCAUCCCCAUCUCCUGUAGAAACCGUUUCUCUACCACAAGAAGCACCAAAGGCUUUCUCCUGGGCUUCAGUGACCAGUAAAAACCUGCCUCCUAGUGGUACUGUUUCUUCCUCUGGAAUUCCACCCCAUGUUAAAGCACCUGGCUCACAGCAAAGAGUGGAAACAAAACCUGAAACACAGUCCCAACCACUUCGUGUGCGUGAACAACGUCCAAGGGAGAGACCAGGGUUUCCUUCAAGGGGGCCUAGACCAGGCCGAGGGGACGUGGAUCUGAAUGAAUCAGACAGUCGCCGAAUAAUUCGCUACCCAGAUAGUCACCAGCUGUUUGUUGGAAACCUCCCACACGACAUAGAUGAGAAUGAACUGAAAGAGUUCUUUAUGAGCUUUGGGAAUGUGGUAGAACUUCGCAUCAAUACUAAAGGUGUUGGAGGGAAACUCCCAAACUUUGGCUUUGUGGUGUUUGAUGACUGUGAGCCAGUUCAGAAAAUUUUAUUGGCGAAACCCAUCAUGUUCCGUGGUGAAGUGCGCUUGAAUGUAGAAGAGAAGAAGACCCGAGCUGCCCGUGAGAGGGAGACGCGAGGUGGUGGUGGUGGUGAUGACCGCAGAGAGAUGCGCCGCAACGACCGAGGGCCCGGGGGUCCCCGUGGAAUAGUGGGUGGAGGAAUGAUGCGAGAUCGUGAUGGGAGAGGGCCGCUCCCGAGGGGCAGCCUGGCCCAGAAACUGGGCUCUGGAAGAGGGUCUGGGCAGGUGGAAGGCCGAUACACAGGUCAACGUCGCUGAGGAAUCCACUGUUGGCAGGCGGCCUUCGCAGUGAUGCGUUAUUCGUCGUGUUUGCAUUCUUGUUAAUUUUUGGCUUUGGAAUGUAACACAGCCUUUUUGAUCAUUUCUUUUGAUGUGAGAAACCUCUUUGGGUUACCAGUAAAAUUGAGGUGGACAUUCUUUUCCCCAGUUUCACAAAGAAGUCACACUGUUAAUUUAUAAAUUUAGACUUGCGAUUAAAGACUGAGAAAUGACCGUUUAAACUUUCUGCAACAAAAAUGGACUUGAAGGGCAUGCCCAAUUGAGUUAAGACCUUUUCAGUACCUUUCAGUUUUAGUAAAAAGCAAAACCCCUUUGCGGCACAUUUUAAGUGUUCCUGUUUCUGCCUCUUGCUGUUGGAAACACAAAUCGGAGAAGCUCGCCUCCCCCCCCCCUCAGAACACUUGGCUCCAAACCAACUUGUGUUUUUUAUGAACUCAAAUGCACGAAUGGGUACGUGACUCACUUUUUGUUGACAUUUGUCAAAAGCAGCAAGAAAAAAAUAGCUAGUGACAUGAUGCGGGCGUCUGCUCUGCUUGCUGUGACCAAUCUGUGUGUGCAAACAGCCUUCAGUGAGACUCCAAGUAUGUUCCGGAAGGAAACCAUUUAACUGUAAAUGCAAAAGUAGCACUUCAGA